GGCGGGCUGCCAGUUGGACGGACGGUUGUGUUGGUACAGAAGCCCGGGGAGGUCGGUCCAUCGGUGUCCGGGUUCCGCGGUCCGUCUCCCUUUCUCCACUCCACUCCACUCCCGGCCGGCCGGCAGCAUGAGUGUGGACAAGGCGGAGCUCUGCGACAGUCUGCUGCUAUGGAUGCAGACGUUUCAUGUGUCAUCGCCCUGUACCACCAAGCAACAUCUGACCAGCGGAGUUGUCAUCGCCCAGGUUCUUAACCAUAUUGAUCCCGCCUGGUUUAAUGAGGCCUGGUUAGGGCGUAUCAAGGAAGAUAUCAAUGACUGGAGGUUGAAGGUCAGCAACCUGAAGAAAAUCCUUCAGAGCAUGUUGGAAUAUUACCACGAUGUUCUGGGCCACCAGAUUUCCGAGUACAAUUUGCCGGAGGUGAACCUGAUCGGCGAGCACUCGGAUGCAGCGGAGUUGGGUCGGUUACUGCAGCUCGUGCUCGGCUGUGCCGUCAGCUGUGAGAAGAAACACGAAUACAUCCAGCACAUCAUGACGCUUGAGGAAUCUGUACAGCACGUUGUCAUGACAGCCAUUCAGGAGCUUUUGACCAAGGACCCUUGUGAAUCAGUGGCUAGUGACAACUAUAGCGAAGUGGACUGCCAGCUGAAGAGGUUCAGUUUGUGUGAGGAGGUGGAAUCAGGAGACGAGCUCUCUCAGCGCUGUCAUGAACUAGAUCUUCAGGUGGCGACCCUUCUGGAGGAGAAGAACAGCUUGCUGGCUGAGAACAAGCUGCUGCGUGAGGGGAUGAGCCGCUCCAACUCGCUGGAGGACUCGACCAGCGCCACCAACAAGAAGCUCCUUCUACUGCAGAGCCAGCUGGAGCUGGUGCAGGAGGAAAACUACAGAUUGGAAGCAAUCAAAGAUGACUUCCGCAUCCGGUGCGAGGAGAUGGAGAAGGAAUCGUCGGAGUUGCAGCACAGGAACGACGAGCUCACCAGCCUGGCUGAGGAAUCCCAAUCCCUCAAGGACGAAAUGGACAUCUUGAGGCAUUCUUCGGACAAAGUCAGCAAGCUGGAGGCCACUGUUGAAGCCUACAAGAGGAAACUGGAGGACUUGGGAGACCUGCGUCGACAAGUCAAGCUCCUGGAGGAGAGGAACACUGUCUACAUGCAGAAGACCUUCGACCUGGAGGAGGAGCUGAAGAAAGCUAACUCGGUCCGCAGCCAGCUGGAGGUGUACAAGAGACAGGUCCACGAGCUUCACAACAAGCACACAGAAGAGUCGAUGAAAACCGAAAAGUGGCAAUUUGAGUUCAAGCACCUGCAGGAGAAACAUGACGCGCUGCUGAAAGAGAAAGAGCGUUUAAUAGUGGAGCGUGAUGGCCUCCGGGAGACGAAUGAAGAGCUGCGAUGCGCACAGGCUCAGCAGAAGGUCUUGAGCAAAGCCGCAUCUAAUGAAGAUUUAUCAGUGGGGAAUCUUGCAGCGGAGAUGGUUCCUGCAGAACUACAGGAACAGGUCAUCCGGCUGCAACAUGAGAACAAGAUGCUGCGAGUUCAGCAAGAGGAGACGUACCACGACCGAUUCCACGAGUUCCAAAAUGUGUUGGACGAUGCCAACAGGCACACCCACAAACUGGAGAAUGAAAACCGGCUGAAUCAGCAGCAGAUCACGGAAUUACGGUCGCAGGUGGAACAGCUCCAGCGAGCUCUCCAGGAACAGGGAAGCAAGGCGGAAGAUGCCAUUUCUAACUUGCUGAAACGGAAACUGGAUGAACACUUGGAGAAGCUGCACGAGGCUCACACCGAGCUGCAGAAGAAGCGGGAAUACAUCGACGACCUGGAGCCCACCGUUGACAGCUACACAGCCCACAAGAUUGAUGAGCUGCAGGAGGUUUUGAAGAAGAAAGAUGAGGAUAUGAAGGCGAUGGAGGAGCGUUACAAAAAGUACCUAGAUAAGGCACGGACGGUGAUUCGAACUCUCGAUCCAAAACAAACGCCAACAACUGCUCCUGAGGUUCAAGCCUUAAAAAAUCAGUUGCAUGAGAAAGAAGCUAAGAUUCAUUUGUUAGAGGGGAACCGUUAUAGCCAAGAUGUGGAAGGUCAAGAAGCAAGAAGAAAGCUGGGGUUAGUAUUGACUGAUUUUGAAAAAAAUAAAUCACAGAGAGAUCAAGAGGAGAAGUUGAUCAUCAGUGCCUGGUACAACAUGGGGAUGGCUCUCCACCAGAAGGUAUCGGAGGAGAGGUCUCGGGGUCCGGGUCAGUCGCAGUCGUUCCUGGCCCAGCAGAGGCAAGCCACCAACGCACGCCGGUCGCAUCCGAGGCGGCUGCAGCAGCAGUCCAUAAUGCGAUAGCCCGUCGGAGCAGCAUUCAAGUGUGAAGCGCAAGUCCAGUACCUCAACGCAACGUAACUCCAAAAACCUCUCUGCCAGACCCAAAAUGCCGGAGUAACUCAGCGGGACAGGCAGCAUCUCUGGAGAGAAGGAAUGGGUGACGUUUCAGGUCGAGACUCUUCUUCAGUCUAGACCUGAAAUCAGGCGCAAUAACUUGGAAUUCCUCUCCUCGGGGCAGGAGAGGAUGGAAUAACUCAGCGGAUCAGACAGCAUCUCCGGAGAGAAGGAAUGGGUGACGUUUCGUGUCGAGACCCUUCUUUACUGUCUGAAGAAGGGUCUCGACCCAAAACGUCACCCAUUCCUUCUCUCCAGAGAUGCUGCCCGUCUGCUGAGUUAAUCCAUCUUUUUGUGCCUAUCUUCGGUUUGAACCAAUAUCUGCAGUUCCUUCCUACACAACCUGACUCCUCUCUUCCUAUUGAUCAAUGUGAUCAUAAUUUCCCACAACUCCUCUCCCCCCACCCACCACUACCACCACCCUGUCCAGAUUUCUCCAGCAACCCAUGGCGAUGAAGGUUUAGAUAAUAGUUCUGGCAUCAUAACAAUUUGAGAACGAGCAGAGAUUUAGUCUAUUGUCACUACUGUGUUGUGAUAGACAAUUUUGGGGUGAUUAUCAUGGAGAUUUAAAGCAAUAUUCUGCAGAGGUUGAAUGCCAGAAACAAAAGCAGAGUGCUCAGUGUUUCAGGCAGCGUCUACACACACAGACGUGCUUUAGUUGCCAGGCCGUUGGGUUUUCAUCUGGUGAGGGAGCAUGUGGUUGACAAGAUCCGCCAUCACCUUUAUCAUCCCCGCUCACCAACUCUGACCAAAGCUCCUCUCCACUGUCUACCACAACAGUGGCUGACUGACUUUUUGUGUCUAUCUUCACUCUCAGUAUGACCCGAAAGGUCACCUAUUCCUUCUCUCCCGAGAUGCUGCCUGACCCGCUGAGUUACUCCAGCACUGUGUCUAUCUUCGGUUGAAACCAGAAUCUGCAGUUUCCUUCAUACACACUUGUCCCGACCCAGGUGUGACUGGAAGCAGUGGGGGAAUUGUAAACCAGGGCAGAGUCUCCCGUUCUAACAACACUAAUUCUCAUCGUACAUGAAGUACCUCAGCUAUCCCCGUGUUCCUCCAUGAGAUUGUACUUCAGACCGGCUGAAAUACAGAGAGUGUCUGAGAUCCGUUUGCGAGUUCUACAACAGGAAUCGUAGGUCCGAUUGGUAUUGAGAGCCGCUCGGAAACUAAGUUGGCAUAACUCUUGCACUUUAUCUAUUAUGAAUGUAACAUCAAGCACAUGUUGAAGUGCAAGACCGUUUGCCCAGCCCUGAGGUUACGUCGGAAUGUGCCUUCCCCUUGAAUGAUAUCUUUUUCCUCCCUGCCUAUUGCGAAAGAAAUUAAACGUUUUUUUAAUUGAUUCUCUAGAUAAUUAGCGGAGGUGAAUUUUACGAGUUUAUCUGGCUAAUUGAUUUUUAUGUGUUAUUGCUGUGAACAUCGUUCUUGGUACUGUAGGGGGUAGACUGUAAAACUGAACAAAAAUCAACAAUUAAACUGAAUUCUUCUACGACGAUAUUUUAGUUUAUAUUCAAAUUGAAUGUAAAUGUUCAGCUUGGCAGAGCUCAGCAACUAGAGAGGUUUAUGGGGCCUAGUUCCCAUGGGUUCUGCUUUUGUUAAUUUAAAUAAAGUUUUUGUCCUUUAUGUCUGUAAA